GUGCUUCUCAGUCCGACAAACUACGGAGUGUUGCAGCUGGUCCCUCCCAUGGAACCCUCCUCCUCCAUCCCUCCUCCACUUCUACACCUCCCCCCGCCCAUACCACCCCUCUCCGCUGCCUCUGCUGCCUCUGAUGCCUCCGCUCCUUCUGAUGCCCCUGUUGAUGCACCUCUUGCAACCACCGGCGCAACUGCCGCCACCACUGCCGCUACCACCAUCAGCAGCAGCGGCACUGCCACCAGCAGCACCAUCAGCAGCAGCGGCACUGCCACCAGCAGCAGUACUAGUAGCAGGAAGUCAGAGGAGCAUGCGAGGGGGAUGGCCUCAGCAGUGACAGCGAUACAGGUGGAGUCUUUGGAACGGAUCCUGCGCUCUGCUUCUGACACUCUCAAGGAUAUGGCCAAGGUGGCAGCAGCGCUGCAGAAGCUGACAAGGGACGCCGACCGGGCUUUAGCGGCGCUACAGCCAAGGCCCACAGAGGACGAGAGGAGCCGCCGACGGGGGCUGCAUGCCAGCCUGGCAGAGACGUGUGGCGGGCUGCGAUUGGUCGCUGAUUCCUACUGCAAUGAGCUUCGUUUGAAACAACAGCUGGUUGCCGGCAUCACAUGCAACACACCCUCGAGUGACAUUGCAGCUAUCCUUGCAGUCUUAGAAGAUGAGCCUUGCAUCGACUCUUCACAAG